GUUGAAGAAAGAAAAGAAGAAGAAGAUGAAGAAGAAGAAAAGAUACACGAAUCUGGUAAAAGUAAAGAUGGAAAAUGCCGCAAACAAAUUCAGGAGAUGUGCGCGGAUAUCAAGAACAAACUGGAAUAUUCUGAAGGGGGAGAAGUUGGUUCCCCUGGAUUGUGUGCGCUUCUCCUCUCCCUGGUUUCCCUUCUCCUAGUCCUCGCUACUAUGCCCCUCUCCCUCUACAUGUGUAUCAAGGUUGUACAAGAGUAUGAACGAGCAGUAAUAUUUAGACUAGGACGACUAGUGAGGGGUGGCGCUAAGGGCCCAGGGAUAUUCUUUAUUCUACCCUGCAUAGACACAUACAAAAAGGUAGAUCUUAGAACAGUUUCCUUUGAUGUCCCGCCCCAGGAGAUACUGUCCCGUGAUUCUGUAACUGUGACUGUAGAUGCUGUAGUCUACUAUAGAGUAUCUAACCCUACUAUGGCAACUAAUAAUGUGGAGGACUAUGGACACUCAACCCAUCUAUUAGGAGCUACAACUCUUAGGAAUGUUCUUGGUACAAAAUGUUUAGCGGAAAUACUUUCUGAGAGAGAAUCUAUUUCACACUGGAUGGAGACAACUCUAGACGAAGCCACAGAUCCAUGGGGGGUUAAAGUAGAGAGGGUGGAGAUAAAAGAUGUUCGUCUUCCGGUCAUCUUACAGAGAGCUAUGGCAGCAGAAGCAGAGGCAGCUAGAGAAGCUAGAGCUAAGGUUAUAGCUGCUGAGGGGGAACAGAAGGCAAGCCGAGCACUUAGAGAUGCUUCAACCACCAUAGCUGAGAGUCCUGCAGCACUCCAGCUUAGAUAUUUACAGACGCUGAGUUCUAUCUCUGGAGAAAAGAAUUCCACAAUAAUAUUUCCUGUUCCUAUAGACAUUCUUAACCUUUUUAGAAAUAAAAGAAAAGACAAGAAAACCAUCUAGUAUUAAAUAAAAUAUCGUUAUCUUCAUUUAUUAGAUUAUUUGUAAUAAAUAAAUAAAAUAUCAUAAAUAAAAAACCAUGGAAAGAUUCAUAAAUGAUAAAAG